GCACCGUAACACGUCAGAGCUCGGGUGGCGGCCUGCUGCGUGGAAUAAGUGCCUAUCCAGACCGAAAACCAGUCCACGGGUCCGCGGACCAACCUUGGAACCUCCAUAUCUCGUAUUGCUCUGUUGCAGGUGGCAAAUUUCUCAUGGGACACAGCGACCUAGGUAUGCCAGCGAGUUUGUAAUGGACUGGGUAAAGGACUAUGCGGUCGUGGGUGAGGGCGACGUGGAUCGAGUGUUUCGCUUCGAUCCUCAACUCACAACAGUGGUGCGGCUACUCAAUUGCGACGAGACACCCAUCAUUAGCUCGCUCGGAAAGGAAGACUGGAAUACCUGGAUGCACGAUGUGAGUGACUGAAAGCCACAGAAAUUAUUAUUCUUGCAGUGGGGGAUGGAAAAGGUGGUUAUAUCAAGUCCACUUACGUUGCGUGUAGGAAAUACCACCGCUUGACGGGGACCUUUCUGGCUUGAUUCUAGUGUAUGCUCUCCCAACCUAAGGUGGCCACAGGGUGCAUUGUGGAAAACAUGAAUGAGUAUUGAAACUUCUACAGCCUGGAUCGGCGGCCGGAAAGUAAUAUUCAAAGCCUUCCCAGAGAAAGCAAAGUAGGCGCGGAUGAAUGGCUACGACAUUUAGACCGGCAGAUCCAAAGUGCUGGACCGGCUUCAUCCAUGAUAUCAGAUGUCACUGGAAGUAAUGAUCUCAGAGAGCUAUCAUUUUCGAGAAAUGUCUUUCUUGACCUCGCCAGAAAGAUGUGUAUUCACAAUUCGAUCCUACGAACCGUCAGCAGGGCAGACAUGCCAGCAUUCUUCAACGCUGAAGUAGAGAUGGAACUCGGAAUCGGAAACGAGACACCGGGCUAUGUAUAUAAUUGCCGAUCCUCAAACACGUGGCCUAUGGACCUGGCCCUUGCUGCUACUCAUUUCCCUAGCUGUAAUCUGACCUUUGCCAUGGUUUUCGGCUGCUCACUUUCCGUGGAGCGGACGAUAAUCAAGCGUCUGAAGGGUGCCAUAUUGGAGGCCAGCCACCCCCUACUCAUGCCUGGUAUAUUCGUUGAGCUGGAGAGAACCCGGCAUCUCGAAAUAAUCGAACAGUCGGUCGGCGCCAUAGAGAAACGUAUUACUACCUUGGCGUACACCUCUCAGCAGAUGGAAGCAAUGGCAUCUUCACAAAGGGACAAAGACAACCACGAAAAGAGAGACCAGUGGCUGGAUACAACAUACCUGCGCAAUAGUCUGACGAGCUGGAAUGAGCAGCUUCGAACAAUGGAAGCUCAUUUAAACGAGCUUAUUGAUGGGCAGUUCCCACACCGCAAUGGUGUUCAUCCGUCAACGAGAGCCCGCCGAAAGGGGAAACAGGCAGAGGUGGACACGGACAGGUUACGAAUGGAACGCAUCAGCAUCAAGAUCAGGAACAGGGUUUCCGAAAUAAUCAAAGAGUACGACGACAAAAUUAGAGACUGUACUAUGAGGGUUGACGGCAUGGCAAUGGCAACGCAAUGGGCACAAGGUGAAACCAACGUCGACAUAGCACUUGCCACAAGCAAGGAUUCUCGACACAUGAGAUCCAUCGCACUGGUCACAAUGAUAUUCCUUCCGGGUACAUUUUUCGCGCACCUCUACGAAGUAAUGUGCAGCAAUGGUGUGAAGAAGAACAAAAUCCCAAGUCCUGCAUGCCAAUUAUCACACAACUACCAAGGCCCACCAACAUUCUGGUCCGACUCUCGGCAUGCGUGCCGCUCAAUCUCACCUACACAACACGUUCUACGAGCAUCGCCUGGACCCGUCAUGGAGCAAGCCUUACCCGGUAGAAUCACCUUGCAUGUUGCCAGCAUUGGCGAUGAUCCGUCUCACCUAGAAUUUCGUGACACGUCCUUCUUCAAACCCGCCAACUCGACUCUGCCCUCGCCUGCCGACGUUUUGCAACACUACGAGAAAGGUCCCAAAAAUGCCUAUGGUAUCGCAAUCUUUCGGGAGCUUGGUCUUGUUGUCAAGUUCGGGCAACCCUGCGAUUGUCAUUUAGACAAUGCUCUCACCAUGCGGGCCCUGUGGCAAGCAUUUCCUGACCGCGAAAUUCCAGUUCCUGAGGUGUUUGGAUGGGCUUCGGAGAACGACAAGAACUUUAUCUAUAUGAGUCUAGUCCCAGGCAGAACUCUAUAUGAAGCAUGGCCUAGUCUCUCGCCAUCAGAGAAAGAGUCGAUAUGUAAGGAACUCGGUUCAAUGCAAGGUUGCCUUCGGCGGCUGACACCUGAAUCUGAAGAGGUUUUUAUUGGAUCCAUUACCCGUGGUGAAGUUCGAGACCGCUUUGCCCGUGACGACAGGCUCAAUGGGAGACCAGGUCCAUUCGCCACCAUUAAAGACUUCAACGACUGGGUCAAACUGGCGGCACUUCCACAUCUGCCCGCCUCAGAAAGAGACCACGAGGACCCCUACCGAGAGUUUCUACCGGAUAUCGGCGAUGUUCAUUUCGCUCACGGGGAUUUUCAUCUGGGUAACAUCAUGGUUUCGAAUGUUCCGGGCGAGGUUGCAAUAAUCACUGGCAUUAUUGACUGGGAAGAGGCAGGAUGGUAUCCAUCAUAUUGGGAAUAUUGUAAGAUGAAGUUGGUAAUUGAUGAGGAACAUGAAGUCUUCACCGACGGAUAUAUUGACAGUAUCUUCCCACGGAGGUGCGAUAAUGAGAUGAUCGCCGUCGGGGGGUACUGGUCCUGCCGCGGAUACCCGUAA